AUAUGAAUCCUUUUGCUCCAGGGGUUAGCUCUCGCCGUGACAUUCAUUGUCGACACCAAGGUGUUAAUAUAACAGAAACGGGCUUGGAAGGACUUCUUUUUGGAAUGCUAGACCGGGAGACUGAUAGAAAAUUAUGUUCUGAUAUUCAUGAUACUUUAGGACAUAUGCUUUCAUCCCUGGCUGUAGACAAACUUUCCCAUUGGCUAAUGCUUUGUAAAGAUGUUCUAGCAGCUUCCAGUGAUAUGAGUACUACAACUCCUUUAAGUGGUGGAAAGGAUGAAGAAUCCGAAAAGAAGGAUGAGAUGGAUGAUGAUACAAUGUUCACCACAUUAGGUGAAGAGGAUAAAUCAAAGCCUUCUGUAGCUCCUCGCUGGGCUACUCGAGUGUUUGCUGCUGAUUGCUUGUGUCGAGUCAUUAUGUUGUGUGAGAAUGCAGACCAGGCUCACUUUGAUCUUGCCAUGGCACGUUCAGCCAAACUGAGAAAUCCUGCAA